CUCAGUAUUGUUUGAGACAGCAGCAGAGGAGGAGCUGCCGAGCCAGAGGAGGAGAUAGAGCUGUACACUCAUCUCUACUCGUCAUAUCAUCAGCAGCUCGCAGCCUGAAGUGGAAGAGACUGACAGUGGAGGCGACAGCUGCUCUCAGCUCCAACGUCAGCUUCAUCCCAGAGGAGGAGUCAGUGUUCACGUUGAGACGCGCUGAGGAAACCCUGUCUUCUGGAGGACAGAGAUCUGUCUCAUGGACUUGGACGUCUCGUUGAAGAAGACACACAAUGAGGACUAACGCCUUCAGACAAGUGUUGACAUUCGUGUUGCGUCCUUGUCAUUAAUGCUAACACUAGCACCCUGCUAACAUCUUGCUAUAACGCGGAUAUUUCGGUCAAAGCAGUUGGAAUUAUUCAGUAUUAAACAACCUAAUAACGUCAUUGACCUAUUAUUGUUAGCAUGUCCGAAGAUACUUGCUAACUAGACAUGGGCUAUGACCAUAGCUGUAGCCACAGGGUAUCAUCAGAGUCAGGCUAGCUCGGUGUCUGCUUCACUGUUGUCACGGUCAUAUCCAGAAGGCUUGGCAUCAUGUAGACUGUCCCUGUGAACAGCUCCGGUGAAUGGUGCCACUCCGUGUUGGUGAGCGAAGCUGAAUCGCAGCUUUCCCACUGGGUCAAACACUGACAGCUGGCACGGGCGAAGCUAAGCUCAGAAUCGUUGCUAGUCAUGCCCAAAGCCGUCUGGUCUGUGUGACAACACAAACAUCCCGACCCGCUCAGAGGGCAAGUGAAUGCACCAUGUCCUGACUGCAUCUCUUAUUUAUGCAAUAAGCCACAUCAGAGCUACUCGACAUGAAAUAACUCGCUGUGCACGAAGCAGCAUCGCCAGGACCGAGCGGAUCAUCUGCUCCAGGACUGUUUUGUGAAGAGGAGAGGCUGUUUAACAGUGCCCAGCAUCAGCUGGACCAUCGGCCCAUCACAAUGGAGACGGUGGGAGAUUUUGAGUACAGCAGAAAAGACCUGGUCGGUCAUGGAGCGUUUGCUGUGGUGUUCAAAGGACGACACAGGAAGAAGACAGAUUGGGAGGUCGCCAUUAAGUGCAUUAAUAAAAAGAACCUGUCCAAGUCCCAGAUCCUUCUUGGCAAGGAAAUCAAGAUCCUGAAGGAGCUGCAGCAUGAAAACAUUGUGGCACUUUACGAUGUCCAGGAAACACCCAACUCAGUUUUUCUCGUCAUGGAGUACUGUAAUGGAGGUGAUCUUGCUGACUAUCUGCAAGCUAAGGGGACCCUGAGAGAAGAAACACUGAGGGUUUUCCUGCAGCAGAUUUCUGCUGCCAUGCGCAUCCUCAAAAACAAAGGAAUCAUCCACCGUGACCUGAAACCACAGAACAUCCUGCUGUCGUACAUUGGCCGCAAGAAAUCCACCAUCAGCGGCAUUCGCAUCAAAAUAGCUGACUUUGGCUUUGCACGUUACCUCCAGAGCAACAUGAUGGCUGCCACACUUUGUGGGUCACCCAUGUACAUGGCCCCAGAAGUCAUCAUGUCUCAGAACUAUGACGCCAAGGCCGACCUCUGGAGCAUAGGGACAGUCAUCUACCAGUGUCUGGUUGGCAAGCCACCAUUCCAGGCCAAUAGUCCCCAAGACCUGAGGAUGUUCUACGAGAAGAACAAGAGUCUACAACCUAUCAUCCCGAGAGAGACUUCCCCACAACUUGGCGAUCUUCUUCUUGGGUUACUGCAGAGGAAUCAGAAAGAAAGGAUGGACUUUGACACAUUUUUCAGCCAUCCUUUCUUGGAGCCAUCACCCACCAUUAAAAAAUCAUGUCCAGUGCCGGUCCCCAGCGCCACCAAUACCGUGACGGAUUGUUCCUUUGGCAGCUCUCCAUGCAUUCGUUACAACUCUCCUCCUUCUCUCCCAGACAUGCAGACUCUUGCAGAAGAUGGUCUUUCAUCCCCUCCGCUUGGUCCUCCCAACUUCCUGCAGCUGUCCAAAGAGUCUGCAGGAAGCACCAGCAGCAAGAACUCGUCCUGUGACACUGACGACUUUGUCUUAGUGCCUCACAUCUCUACUGACAGCUAUGACCAACCAAUGGGAGCUUGUCGUCGGCCGUCCAGCGAGUUCCUCAUGUGUGCAGGGCAGCCGCAGCCAACCCCAGGACAAACCCCCAUGGUAUCCCCACGGGCAGAGACCACCCCCAUCCCAGUUCCCACCCAGGUCCGCAACUACCAGCGCAUCAAGCAAAACCUCUCCAGCAGCCCUACUACCACACUCUACGGCUCCCCUAGGUCUGGCACAGUGAGGCGCUCCAACACUAGUCCAAUGGGGUUUCCAAAAGUGGCCUCAGGGUCCCCAGGUUCUGCAGAUGUCCCUCAGACAAUGAGCCGACGCCUCUCUAUCGGCAGCUCCCGCCCCUAUUCGCCCUCACCUCUUGUGGGCACCAUCCCAGAGCAGCUGGGUCAAUGCUGCUGUCAUCUGCAGAACCAUGAGCCUCGCAGCCGGAGCUCCUCAGGAGGUUCUCCUGUCCCGUCCUCCCAGCUCCUGGGGGCUCGGCUUCAGAGCUCCCCCACGUUGACUGAGGUCUACCAAACCAGGCAGAAGCUCCACAAGCAGCUGUCGGAUCCCGUUCAGCCUUCCUCCUCCUCCUGCAGUCACUCACCUCAGUUCGGCAGACCGGCAAACCUUGGCUCCUCACCAACCAAGUUGCUGGGCUCCUCGCCCCGCACGUCCGACUGGCUGCAGAAGUCCCCGCUGCCCACCAUUAUUGGUUCUCCUACCAAGAUCAUUUUGGCACCGUUUAAAAUUCCCAAAACGCAGGCGUCCUGUAACUUGAUGGCACUGGCAGACAGCCCUGUGCCCACCAAGACCUUAGCAGACGCCCGGGAUAUCUGUGCCCACCACUGCAGCCCGUACGUCACCGGCCGGCCAGCUGCCCCUGAGGCCAGUAAAACCUUUGGCAGGUCUGUUAGCACGGGUCGUCUGUCUGAUCCGCCAAUCAGAAUCACUCUGGGUGGACAAGCCUAUCAGGGCAGCACUGACAGCUUAAACACAGAGCGACCAAUGGACACAGCCCCUGCGGGUCCCAUUGGUCUCGUUCAGGGUGGGACAGCGAGUCCCCGUACUGUUCUUUUCACCGUGGGUUCACCACCUAACAGCAGCACUCCUCCUGCUUGCAGCCAUCUGUGCACCCGACCACGUACCACCUCUGUGGGAUCCAACAGUUCGGGUGGUUCUCUCUGCUCCACCAGCGGUCGGAUCUAUGUCGGUUCUCCCCCAGGCAUGACAAUUGGCACCUCUCCUCCAGGAGGUUUUGGGGGUGGGCAAGCAGUCCCUGGGGCAGAUGGGGCACCGAGCAGUCUGCGCUAUGUCCCCUAUGGGACCUCCCCUCCGAGCUUGGAAGGAUUCAUCACCUUCGAAGCACCUGAGCUGCCCGAGGAGACUCUUAUGGAGCGUGAGCAUACAGACACACUGAUGCACCUGCGGAUGAUGCUUUCUUUCACUGACUGCGUGCUGGAGAUGGCAGCUAUUCGUGCUGGUGGGACGGAGCUUGGGGUGUCAGCUGCGUCCCUCUAUCCUCCCCAGGACAGUGUUGUUGUGGACCAGAUAAGCCAGCUCAGCAAAGAGUGGGGGCAGGUGGAGCAGCUGGUUCUCUACAUGAAGGCAGCUCAGCUCCUGGCUUCCUCCCUCCAUCUGGCCAAGGCUCAGAUUAAAUCAGCCCAGCUCAAUCCUUCCACUGCUGUUAAACAAGUGGUGAAGAAUCUGAAUGAGCGUUACAAAAGCUGCAUCUCCCUCUGCCGGCAGCUGACUGACAAACUCAACCACUUCUUCUCUGAUAAGCAGCGAUUUGUGGAUGAGAUCAACAGCGUCACUGCAGAGAAGCUCAUCUACAAUCACGCCGUGGAGAUGGUUCAGUCAGCAGCUCUUGACGAGAUGUUCAAGCAGACGGAGGAUAUAGCUUACCGCUACAGCAAGGCCGCCAUGCUGCUAGAUGGCCUGUCCAAGAUCCUACAGGACCCAACUGACAUAGAGAAUGUGGUCAAAUACAAGGCCAGUGUGGACCGCAGGAUCUCAGCCCUCUGCUACUGUACUGUCACGCUCUAUGAGUAGCUGAGCUCACAUAAACACAUGCACGCACAGGGACCACGUCCUAAGACUAUCGAGAACCAUCCUCACAAAGCCGCUGUUCCCUCCUGUAGCAGGUCAAGCACUUUUUCAUUUGAUAGGUUUCAUCUGUAUUUAUCAUCAGUUCUUUUUAACCGCUGCAUCACAGAAUGAACUGUAACAAGUGACUGAUGCAGAAACUUACAACCAAAGAUGACCACGGAUCCAGAAACAAGAGACUGAAACCAGAUGUGGACAUAAUUCAUGCACUUUGAUGUGCAUGUUUUUUUUUUAUCAAGGAUAUCAUUUGUGUUUUUUUACCAGAAGAAAAAGAGAAUGGACGCAACAACAAGACUAUGUUUUGAACUUGAACAGACUCAAGCUCCACAUGAAGCAGUUCAUCUUUUUAAAUGCUACUUAUUAUGUGAAAUCAGUGGUUAUCAACUCUGUUUAAGUUGUUAUUCUUAUUUAUUGGUUCAGAAGAACAUGGGUGUUUGAGUCUCCUGCCUGUCUUGAAAACCUGAAGUAUUCAAGUGGAAGGAAAUGGAAGAAAAGCAAAAGGCGUACGGCCGUGUACUGUAACAGAUCCAACAUGGACAUUUACACAGAACACAAGCUCCUGUUACAGAAACACACAGCCACGAGAGCAAACAAUUGGUGGAUUUGUAAUUGCUUUGUUUUUAUUUUUCUCAUCUUCUUGGGUCAAGCACUUUAUAUUGGGCAGAGAGGAGGAGAUGGGGGAGUCCUAUAGGUAGAAAUAUGAAGGCAGGGGAACGGUUGUCUAAUCACUCCUGCUUUCACCCUCAAAACUGAAUUGCUCUUUGUUCAUGAGCAUCAAAUCCACUGCAUACUUUUCCAAUAAGGUAGAGCAACCUGGGAAAACAGGGCAGGGAAACGGUGCUGUCUGGCAUAAGAUUUAGGCCACACCUCAGCCUUUUGGGGCAGUGACUAUCAGAGAUUAACAAGAUGCUUGACAGAACCUCUUAUCUCAACUUUGAAUCCUCACAGUUAAAGGGGCAUUCCACUGGUUAACAAAUUGGAAUUCAUCACAAGGUAUGUCACAUGGUCUGAAAAGAGUUGGGUAACUAACCCUGUAAUUCUGUCAGGAGCUUUGUCAUGUCAAACAAACUAACCAUGAUGAUUUCAUCACUACUGUGCUGAUACCUCUAUGAUGAUGUCAAUAAUGUUAUCUUGAAUUAGCCUCAAAACCAUUAUAAUAACUGGAGUGUGGAAUUUCUCAGUUAUGGGCAUUUAUCAGGUAGUGGUAUGGUAAAUGUAUGAGCUUGACCCAUCCCAUGAGAGCUUAUAAGUAUAAUUUCAGCCCUUGCUUCUUUGAAUUUGUAUUUAAACUGUAUCCGGCAGAUCUCCAACUUUAUGGAGGUGUAAUACUAAAUUGGUGGAAUAUCCCUUUAAUUCUAGAUCCAUUAGUUGUGUCAAGCAUGUGAAGAAUGGUCUACAGUUUCCCCAUUAUAACACUUCUUCAUGAAAUAGACAUCUUUUUUAAAUGGUUUGAUUAAUGGAAUAAAACUAAGCGGCUGGGAAGCUUUGAUUGUCUCGUAUCAGCUUAAUAUUCAUGUUGCACUUUGAAUGCAGUAAAAAUGCGACAGGCGUUUGUCACAUCCCCUGUUUCCCUUUUCCAUGGUGACAUGUUGAUCAUAUUGCCCACAAUGAGGAGGGGUUAAGGUGAAUUUGAUGAUGGUUCACUCUGCUCACAUUGUCACAGGGUCUGUACGUUCAGGUAUUCAGCAGAAAGCCACAAGCUGAGAAUCAUUGCAGUUGUAUCAGACUCAUUUCCUGUUAUAGUGCUAAACAGCAAGACUUGUUCACUGUAAACCCCGAUCGAGUGAACAGGGAAACUGAACGGUCAUAUUACUUGACAAGUUACCUGAACAAUAAGUUUCAAUCUACAAAAAAAUAUUACAGCUUUUUUAUGUUUUCUCAGUAUCUGUAGCUACUUUUUAACAAAACUUGAUGUUUGCAAACUUGUUUAUAUUUGUAUGUUCAUGCGAUUGAAUCCUUUCUCCUUUUUUUGGGAGUGGUGUGUGUGUGUGUGUGAUUGCGAGAUCAUAGUUUGAGUUUUUGGCCUGUCGGUGAUUAUGCCAUCAGACAGCCUGCCUGUCAGUCAAUGAGCACAAAUCUUUAUAUGUACAUAUAUGAAUUUGAUACAUUUUAUUCAUGUCUGCCAAGGGUUUGAUAAAGAAACCUAAUGUGGCACAACAGGGGUGUGCCAACAAAUAAAACUAAACUUAUGGCAGCUCUGAAACUUCCCAGAGAACUCUUUCUACCAGGACCGUUCAUUGUUGAGAUCAACACACACAUUUGUUCAGUGAUCUUGUGAAAUUUUUUGAAAUAAGUGUGAUGUCUUCAGAUUUUGUGCUUAUAUCAUAAAAUCUUGUGAGACAUGAUUUAUCACAAUCUUCACUGCCUAGUAUGCACGUAGUCCCUCUGCCUCCCCUCAAGUUGUCUGCUGUCCUCCCAACAAUGUAUGUACUGUAUGUAUCUAUGAGUGUGUAUACACCCACCCACUCACACACAUGCACUUGCCAGGUGUGCAUUAAGGCCAGUAGUAAACAGUAAAGGAUAGAAAAGGAGGUACCUUCUUCUUGGGAAAGCAGACAUAGGCCUACUCUUGUACAGCUGUUAAUACAUUGUUUUUCUAUGUAAAAGUAAAAAGUGUGUAAAUCCAUUCACAGGCACAAGUGGACUCUGGGCCUGUUCCUCUGAUGUACUGUUCUUUUUUUCUAGACAUAUUUGGGGUUCAGUUUCCCUCAUCCACAUGAAGCCUUUCACUGCACACCGAGUGAGGAGGGAAAAAUAUAGCUGAUGUAAACCCACCUGAAUCUUUUCUCUGUACCAUUGUGUCCAUGGACUGUCACUGAAGAUGGACUGUUUUAGAUAAAGCAUGGGUACCGGCUAUGUAUGUUACCCCGUAGGACCUCUAGAAUCUUGAAUAUGUGCCCUGUUGUUUGCGCCCCCCAGCUCGAUUUGAAUGCAUUUUGAAGAACUCCACUGUCAGUCACAACCCUGAAAAUGCAACAAUUUUCCAAGCGCAGAUUUUUUCAAAGAGAAAUGUUAACGUUAUACUCGUGUCUCCCACCGAUGGGUGUCUCUCUUUGUUCUUUAUGGAACUCAAAUACAGUCUUUGUUAUUAAAGAGAGGAAAAACAAA